AAUAGGGCGUUGUAGAGACUCCCCCAUUCAUUCGCAGAGAAAAAUCUUUCCUCUUAAAGACGUAGGCGAGCCUAAUGCACCCAUUGGGGUGCUGAGAGAAAAAAAGGGGGAAAAACUUUUCGAUUUGAUAGAGCUUCUGCUUUGCUGGAGAGCCAAUGUGCGUAGAGAACGGUCUUUGUGUGAAGCAAAGACGCGCAGAUUCCUAAGAUAGGCUGAAAUUUGCGUUGCGCAAACCCCCUAUGCGGAAAAGGAACAGCCACUUUGUGCAUCUCCUUGGUUCUUCACCAGCGGGCUGUUUUUGCGGAGAACAUGGCCAAAUUGUUCCGAGCUGCUAUCAUGGGUCCACCAGGAUCUGGGAAGGGAACCAUAUCUAAGAGGAUUGCAGAAAGUUUUGGGCUACAGUACCUGUCCAGUGGCCACUAUUUGCGGGAGAGCAUAGCAGCAAAUACAGAGGCAGGCAUACUGGUGAAGAGGUAUGUAGAAAGAGGCCUGUUGGUGCCUGACAAUGUCAUGACCAGACUCAUGGUGCCCAGACUGGAGCAGCUGAGAAAUCACAGCUGGCUGCUGGAUGGUUUUCCUCGGACACUUGCACAGGCCCAGGCCCUGAACAGUGUGUGUGAGCUGGACCUGGUCAUCAGCCUCAACAUCCCCUACGAGACGCUGAAGGACAGACUGAGUGACCGCUGGAUCCACCCGGCCAGCGGCAGAGUCUACAACAUGGGCUUCAACCCUCCGCAAGUCCAGGGCAGGGAUGACAUCACCGGGGAGCCACUAAUUCAGCACGAGGACGACAAGCCAGAAGCCCUGGUGGCCAGACUGAGACACUACAAAGACGUGGCCAAGCCUGUCAUAGACCUAUACAAGUCACAGGGAAUCCUGCACUCAUUUUCAGGUACAGAGACAGACCGGAUCUGGCCUUACAUCAGCUCGCUCCUCAGCGCUAAGAUCGACACACAGCCUUCCACCCCCUGCCAGAACCCAAUGCCCUGACACGUCUCAUGUAUAAAAAGGCCGGGGGGAAGCAUCUAGUGAGGAUCUGGUGGGAGUCAGUGACAUUUGUACACGCUAAUCUUGAGGUCAGCAUUCACUUUGUCUCACAAAAGUUAGAAAAGUGGACGAGGAAACUGAUCAAAAUCCAGGCCUUUCCCUCAAUGUGUGAUUUUCAAAUGUGUGAUUUUGCAGUCAGAAAAUUCUCAAAAUGAGAAUGUUGAUGUCUGCAUAAUAUAUGUAUGAAAACCUUCACAUCCCUUUAGACAAAGAGAAGGACCACAGUUAUAGUAAAACUUAGCAAUUUUAUGGCAGCAUCUAUCAACAAGCACAUCAUUGUAACUUUUUCUUUUGAUUUGCAGGUGUUUUAAUUGCCACACAUUUACCGCAAAUAUUCUAAUUUUACACAUUUAAUGUAGAUGCAUACAAACACAAUUUCAGGAAAGCUGUGGCAAAAUUGGGCAAAAUUGAAAAAAAAAAAAAAAAAAAAAAGACACCAAAAUCCUGGAGAGACCAAGUAUGAAGGCUGCCCUUUGCAGUUGUCCUCUUUUGGCUGUAUAUAAGGGUUUAUUCAUUAUAAAUAAAUAAUAAAUUGGCAACAACAGCCAUAUGAGAAAUUCUCAGGACUAUUCAGCAAAAUUAACAUAUUCAAUAAACUGGCAACUUUUUAACAUACUUGCACUAACAGCUAGGUGGGCUUUACCACAAAGGACAAGAAAGUACUAAGAACUGAAGAGUUUCAUUCCAAAAUUAGAUAUGUGAUACCUAUGCCUGUAGAAUGAUUGCUAGUGUCAGACAUGCACACACAUUAUUGUGCAUCAUUAUACAGGCUAUAUAUAUAUAUAUAUAGCCUGACUUGAAACCCUUCAGUUGUUUUCAAAAAAUAAUUGACCUAACUGUAAAACUAAAGACUAGUACAGCAACUGUCAUUAACCAUUACCUAUACACUGAGUGAAAUUUUUAUCACAGCUAUUGUCACCAUAGGUUUCGUGACAGAUUCAGUGGAAGCACUAAUGAUACUCUGUACUCAUACUUUAGCAUCUUAGAUAUUAGUCAGUGGGGAGAUGUGAUUUUUCUCUUCUCAAAUGUGCUACCACGUUGGGGAUCCUUGGUGUUGAGAAGGCUCUUGUGCUGGUUUGCAGUCAUUUCAUUUUCAAUUCCUUGGCUUCAUCAGUUCCUAAUAUAUUCAUGAAAUGGUAAUGCACUGUAUAAAACAUUUCUUUACUUUUGUGCUGGAGUGCUGGAAUGCUGUUUUGCGCAAUCAUCAAGACAGAAAGCAGACCAAUCUGUUUAGGUGUGUCGAGGUGGAUCAAAAACCCGUACACCUUCCUCACUCUGCGGCACACUCAGAAGCUCGAGUGGAGACCAGCGCUUAGUAUUUGGAGUGCCUUCAGUGUUGUUACAUUCCUUUAAAUAUGAAAUGUUGUCUCGACAUUUUGUUCUUGCACUCAAACCUACAUGUCAGAGGUUUCUCUUCAUAUAACAGCUUUAAAAUGUUUUCUUUUUUUCUUUGAACAAUUGCUGGAUAUAAUUUCAGUAGGUAUUAGUUUAGUUUUAGGAUACUGAAGCAUGAAAACAUCUUAUGUAUACAGACAUUUUUUUUAAAAAACCUUGAGAACAUAGUUCAAUGUCAACUUUCAGGGACUAAGAAAAACAUUUCUUUUUAUGUUUGUGACCAUUUCUUUCUUUUUUUUUUUUUGUUUUGUUUUGUUUUGGAAAGAUUUUAUCAAACCAAGAGCUGUGGGUUUGUUUUUUCAACCCACAGAUGAAUGUGCAAAGCUUAAACUGAAGUUAAAACCAUGAAAAUCACCAAAAUUUGAGUGACCUGACUUUCAUCCGACAGCUUUAUCUUGUCAGUUAAAAUGCAAAUGCACAACUUAAUGUUUCAGCUCCGCCCCAGUGAACUGUGCAAUAACGUGACGCACUUAAAACACACUCUUGUCACUGCUGGUUAGAACUUUUUGAUAAUUUUAGGGUUGCUCACUGUAUUGAGUCACUAUAAAGCCUUGAAAGCAUAGCACUUAUUGCAGGGAUGAGACAUGACCAAAAUAUUUUAUUUUUUAUCAGUUCCUUCCUGAGGUUAAAGCAGCCCUUUGGCUGCUGAUGUCAUAUUUUUCAUUAAAAAAAUGUGUAUAUAUAUUGAUGUUAGUUACUGUGGAAGAGUAGUCUCCCAUUCAUGCUAUCAUUGAUGAAUUCUAAACAGACCAAAGAUAAUCAUGUAAGACAAAUCACACUAGCUCUGACUCGUGACUCCUUUAUACUGGUUACUUGAAAUGUCCAUGAUCUUUGAAAUUAAAUUGAUUUUACUGCUGCACAGUCACUUGGGUAACAGUGUCAGCUGAAUGCCUACAAUGUGAAUGUAACAUGUCCAAAACCUGCCUGUGUACCAAGAGAGUACAGAUUUGUGCAUCAGUGGAUGAAUGUGUAUUGUGAUAUGAAUAUGUUUAUCAUCAUCAUAUUUACAGUACUUUUUAUUUUCCAAGUGCCUGGAGGCUCGGUCUCUGCUGUUCAGUGAAUGGUUGUGAAUGGGUUAAACUGUGUGUGGUUGCGCCCUGUUGUUGCACAAUACCACAAUAUCUUUUUUUUGCCCUUUUUUCUUUUUCGGUUUGCUGUCCUAACAUGACCCAUCUCAAGUACAAUAAACAAAUAUUUUCUCA